UAGUCGGUGUAAUUAUAAACGCAACUACCGUCAUACGAUCAGUAUCCGCGAAACAUAAAACCAAUUCCAUCGCUUUGCACCAGAGGAUUGUGGGUAUUGCGGUUUGGCGUCACGUUUUUUAGAUCCAGCAUGGCAGCGAAACAGAAGAGGAAAUUAGAAGACUUGAGUGUGGAUGAGUUCCUGCUGACAGGCUUUGAAUCUGACGAAGAGCCUCCCAAACAGAAUGGGCUCAAGAAGAAGACAGAUCAGAACUCUCCAAGCCCUAAGAAAGAUCAAAAGUCUAAAGGUAAGGCCUCUCAGCACAAGGAGCAGCUGUCCAGGUUAAAGAGCAAAGAUCCCGAGUUCUACAAGUUUCUGCAGGAAAACGACCAGGCGCUUUUAAAUUUUGACGACACCGACAGCUCAGACGAUGAAGACGAGAGAGGGUACCACAAACUACCAUCUAAACUGGAGGAGGCCAGCUCUGGGGAUGAAGAAGAUGAUGACGAUGAAUAUGCUGCAAAAAGUUCAAAGAAAGCCAAGAAGGGAGCAGAUACUAUCAAAGUCACAGACAAAAUGAUAGACGACUGGAAAGCGGCCAUGAAGAAAGAACCCACAGCUCAUCUCUUCAGAGAAGUCACGCAGGCCUUCAAGGCUGCUGUCGCCACAACGAAGGGUGAAGAGGGCGGUCAGUGCCGCUACAAAGUAGCUGACAGCUCAGUGUUCAAUGCUUUGGUCCUGUUCUGCAUCAAAGAUAUCCACGGAGCUCUGCAGAGGAUGCUUAACCUGAAGGCAGAUAAAGACCAAAAAAAGUCAGUGCUUCCUUCGUCUAGUCCAAGAUGGCAGAAGAAUCAGAUGGACAUAAAGAUGUAUCUCAGUGGAGUGGUUCAGCUGUUAUCCAGCCUAACGGAGGCUACGGUCAUCUGCGCGGUCCUGAAGCACACCAACCAGCUCGUACCGUAUUACUUGUGUCUACCCAAACAGUGUCGCCACCUGAUUAAGCAACUAAUGAAGCAGUGGAGCACGGGGGAAGAGACGAGUCGGGUUCUUGCCUUCCUGGCCCUCAAUAAAAUCUGCCGCCAGAAACAGGAAACGUACCUCAACCCGAUUCUUAAGCAAAUGUACAUUUCUUAUGUACAAAACUGCAAGUUCACAUCUCCCAACGUGCUGCCCAUGAUCAACUUCAUGCAGAGAACUCUGACAGAGAUGUAUGCCCUGGACACGCAGGUCACUUACCAGCACGCCUUCAUCUAUAUCCGACAGCUGGCCAUUCAUCUCAGAAACGCCAUGACCAUGAAGAAGAAGGAAACAUAUCAAUCAGUUUAUAACUGGCAGUAUAUUCACUGUCUGUUCCUGUGGUGUCGGGUCCUGAGCACACUCCACCCCAGUGAGGUACUGCAGCCUCUGAUCUAUCCACUCUGCCAAGUCAUAAUUGGCACCAUGAAACUGGUUCCCACAGCGAGAUAUUACCCUCUGAGGAUGCACUGUUGCAGAGCGCUCACUCUGCUGUCUGGCAGCACCAACACGUUUGUGCCCGUUCUGCCUUUCCUCUUGGAGAUCUUCCAGCAAGUUGAUUUCAACAAGAAACCCGGACGAAUAAGUAAGAAACCCAUCAACUUUGCAGUCAUCCUGAAGCUUAACAAGGUCAACCUAAUCGAGAAAGCCUACAAGGACGGGAUGAUUGACCAGCUGUACGACCUGAUACUAGAUUACUUCCACACUCAGGCCAGCUCCAUCGGGUUCCCUGAGCUCGCCUUGCCCACCAUCAUUCAGCUGAAAGCGUUCCUGAAGGAAUGCAAAGUGGCCAAUUACUCCAAGCCGGUGCGUCAGCUGUUGGAGAAGAUACAGGAAAACAGCAGCCACAUCACAGGACGGAGACAGAAGGCCACAUUUGGAGUGGCCGAUGCCACCGCUGUGGCGGCUUGGGAGAAGCAGAUCCAGGAGGAGGGGACCCCCCUGAGCAAAUAUUACAGCCAGUGGAAGAAGCUGCGAGAGAAGGAGAUCCAGCUGGAGAUUUCUGGCAAGGAAAGGAUGGAGGAUCUGAACCUUCCUGAGAUCAAACGGAAGAAGAUUGAAGAGAAGAAGGCCGAGGACAAAAAGGAGUUCAAGGGUCUGUUCCAGUCUGACAGCGACUCCGAUGAAGAUGACGAUGCAGGACUCAAAAUCAAAUGUAAGAAGAGCAGCCGUGCGUCAGAUGACGAGGAUGACGAUGAUUUUGAAGACCUGUCUGACCUGAGCGAUGAUGAGGGAGAAGACUUAGAUGAUGAUGAUGAUGAUGAAGAGGAAGGAGAUAAAAAGGCUUCCAAGACUCCUCAGCCGCUGUCCUCCUCUGCUCUGAUAAAGCUGGCUGAGGGAGAGGAGGAUGUAAUUGAAGACCUGGAACUGUCUGAUGACGACUGAGGGUCUAUAGGAGCGGUCAAUAUUUCCAGUAUUUCCUCUCUUUGCUAUUGUUGUUUUAAUUUUCUGUCUAUGUACAGUACAGAGAAGUUUAAUUUUAUUAAACACUGAGCCUGAUACAAAAAAAAAAAAAUCCUCUCCUUGAAUUUUUUUAAGAUGCUAAUUGAAGCGUGUAUGUGCAUGUUAAUGCACAAGUGCACCUGAAACGAGUAAUUUGUGUACAUGUGCACACCUGUAGGCACCCCCAGGCUUUGUAAGAACGGGCUAUUUGGAAGGAGCUAU